AAUCCUCCAAACUAGAUUAUGUUUGUUCCUCUAAUUGUACAACAAUACUUGCAACACUUCAAAUUGAUCUGCUUCUCCGCUCUGGAACUUUCUUACUUUUUAAUUGAUUUCUUCUGGGGCUAAAUUUUUCACCUCUUUUCUUUUAUGGAUCUCAAUGAUCUCAACAAGGUUUGGCAAGUUAAUCCUUUAAAGAAGAUAGGGGAAGAUGAUUCUCGGAAAGUGCUUGAAAAAAUAGCUAAACAGGUGCAACCCAUCAUGCGCAAACGCAGAUGGAAAGUGGAAACUCUUUCUGAGUUCUAUCCUGACAAUCCGGGUCUCAUGGGGGUGAACAUAGGGGGAGGUCAAGAGAUUAAACUUAGAAUUCGGAGGCCAAAUAAUGAGUGGGAUUUCUUCCCUUAUGAGCAGAUUCUUGACACAAUGCUUCAUGAGCUUUGCCAUAUUGUUCAUGGUCCUCACAAUGCUGAUUUCUACAGCCUUUUAGAUGAACUCAGAAAGGAAUGUGAAGAACUCAUGUCCAAAGGUAUCACAGGCACCGGGCAGGGAUUUGAUCUUCGUGGGAGGCGUUUGGGUGGAAUCUCUCACCAACCACCUUUAUCAUCCCUCCGGCAAACUGCCUUAGCUGCUGCUGAAAAUCGAGCUCGAGGUGGUCCAUCAGGACCUAAGCGCCUAGGUGGCAGCAACAUGAAAGCAGUGCUUAGUCCUAUACAAGCAGCUGCCAUGGCAGCAGAAAGAAGAUUGAAAGAUGAUCUGUGGUGUGGUUCCAAGUCUUGGGAGAACAAUUCAGAUAGAGCCAAAAACAUGGGUUCCUCCACAGGAUCCUCCAGAGCCUCAAAUGCUUUCACUCCUGUUAUAUCCCAAAUUCCAUCAGCUACUUCCAUUCCUACGCAUCAGGAAGCUACAGAUGAUCUGGAAAAUUGGCAAUGCAGUACGUGUACCCUUCUUAACCGGUCAUUGGCUCUGAUCUGUGAAGCAUGUGGGAAUCAUAAGAACAAAAUGAACACAAGGACUUGGGCUUGCAACUUCUGUACUCUCAGCAACAGUAGUGAUGCAGAAAAAUGCUUAGCUUGUGGGGAAUGGAGAUACUCAUACGGCCCCUCCAUCUCCACAUCUCCUCCUGAUAUUGGUAAUUGAGAUUUUGUCUUCCUAUAUAAUCAUAUAUUGAUUUCUACAGGUACAUAAUUUAAUAUUGUAUUGUAUCAAUGUAUCAUACACCAAGUGAUGUAACCAUACUAUAUUAAAAAGUUAUGAAUGAAAUAUGAACGGUCUUCGAGAUGUGCAAUAGAA